AUGGUGGGUGGACAACCAAGGCCGUGGUCAUUGGAGGAAGAUCGUUCGACGUACCUCGAUCGGAAAUCCCGGCCACGACGUCCGCUCACGGAUGCGCCUCCCCGGAGCUCGUUUGAAGCGGCGGCAAUCCUCGAUAGUGAUUCAAUGACACAUUCGGUUCAAGAGUCGUCGGUCUUCAGUCGCGGUGUACUUGCCUUCAAGGCAUUGGUCACCCGGCAAACAGACGACCCGCAAGCCGUUCCUUCCUUUCUUUCUGACGGCGACGCCCCUUUAACGGAUCAAACAUCACCGCGCCUUGGUCCGCACCAUGCAAACACCUCAGUCCGUCUGACGCCUCCGCAUAACGAGGAUUUUUACCUAUUGGCAUCUGGUGAUGAAGGAGGAAGGCGUACGAUGCUGGACACGACAAAACUUGUUGAAAUGCCCAGGUGGUUCUUGUCAUGUGUUCUGACCUCAUGGCAGCAGGCCUGCCGUGUUGGUAACGACUAUAUAGAAACCGUCACAGGCCGCCAGGGGCUCCGAAAUACCGCCGCAACAAUAUCUACUAAUUGCUCGGAACUAAUGGACUCGACUGGUUCCCCUCAGCCUCAGAAUCCACGGAACGAAUCUCAUACGGAACAUGCCGUGCCCCCAGCAUUGGCAUCAGACGAGACCCAGCAGCAGGCCGAUGCGCAAAAACCAUCUGCACGAACCCAAACAAUCGAUACGUCCGUGCAGGCCACUACCCCUCCGACCGCGACGUUGACUGCUACGGAGCAGUCCAAGGUUGUUGAACAUCAAGCUGAACCUGAGCGGGUGCGCAGUGGCAGCUGCAUGGCCAUUGUGCUUGCAAUAGUCGCUGGCGUCAUGUGGUUCUAG